UUCCUCUUCCGGAUGACUUCAUGGGAGGAAGAUGGUGUGCAGAGCGGCUUUUGUGCUCUUUCGAGGAUCGAAGCAGCAGCUGGCAGACAAAGAAGAUGGCAAUAAGAGCACUCGGAACAACUGAGCAUAACAAGCAAUGUUGAAAAGGGAAGAAAAUCAAGCCAGAAAUCAAAAUAUUUUCCAUUUCCUUCAGAAAACCACACAAUUCUCCUCCUCCUCCUUUUGUUAAAUGAAAGAGAGAAAACCAAGAAAGAAUAAGCAGAUUAUGCAGAACUCAAUGAUAUAUUACAUGAAAAGUGAAGGGAGAUUAUUUUUCAAACAGCAAAAACGAGAAGUAUCUAGAAGUCAGUGGGGAGGAAAAGGUCAAUAAGGAAAGUCACUUAGAGCAGACAAUAAUUCAAGCCUCUCCCUGUGAGGAAGAAAACGGCUUGAAUGAAAGCACCACUAAACAAAGCAUUGUCCAUAUUUUUGACCUCAAGAAUAUCAGCUAUGGAAAAGCUCCAUAGAUUUGCUUAUUGUAGGAAAAGCACAAAUAGCAAAUCACAUCUGAUUAUGCACAAGAGGAGCCAGAAAGGAGAAAUGUCAUACAAAUUACCUGAAUUUGGCAAAAGCUUCAGUCAGAAUAGCUGCCUUGUGGUUCAUUGAAACAAUGAACACACAAGAGAGAAGCCAUAAAAAUGCUCCCAAUGCGGUAAACAUUUUAGUGAGCAUGGCAUGUGGUUAUAUAGCAGAGGUCUCACAGCAGGGAAAAAUCGUAUGACUGUACACAGCAGGGAGAAAACGUACAUAUGACUGUGAAAGUUUCAUUAGAAAUUCCCAGGUCAUGAGACAUUAAAGGCCUCAUACACAGGAAAAUACCAUUUGAAUAUCCUUUCUGUGAGAAAAGUUUCAGUGAGAAUUCCAGUUUGGUUAACCACCCGAGGACUCACACAGAAGUGAAACCCUUUGAAUGUCCUGACUCUGGAAAAACAUUCAGUCACAAUUCCAUUCUGGUGAUACAUCAGAAGAUUGACUCCAGGGAGAAACUAUAUAAGUGUCUAGAUUGUGGGAAAAGCUUCCUUAUUCAUCUCAUGAGACACCAGAGAACUCACAUAGAACAGAAACCCUUUGAAUGUCCUAUCUGUGGGAAAAGUUUCAGUCACAAUUCCAGCCUGGUAAUACACCAGAGGACUCACACAGGAGAAAAGUGCUUUGAAUAAGUGUCCUGAUUGUGGGAAAACUUUCCGUUGUAAUUUCAACUUGGUGACACACUAGAGGAACCACAAAGGAGAAAACCCAUUUCAAUGUGUUGACUGUAAGAGAUAUUCCAGUCAUAAUUCCAUCCUGAUGAUAAUACAUCAGAGGAAUCACUCCAUGGAGAAACCCUAUGAGUGUCGAGAAUGUGGGAAAGGUUUCAUUAGAAAUUCCCACUUCAUGAUACACCAGAGGAUUCACAAAGGAGAGAAACCAUUUGAAUGUCCUAUCUGUGGGAAAAGUUAUAGUGAUAAUUCCAGCCUAGUGAGACACCAGAGGACUCACACAGGAGAAAAACCUUUUGAAUGUCCUGACUGUGGGAAAAGAUUCAGUCAGAAUUCCUACCUGGUAAUACACCAGAGGAGUCACACAGGAGAGAAACCCUUUGUAUGUCCUGACUGCGGGAAAAGAUUCAGUCAGAAUUCCUCCCUUGUAGUACAUCAAAGGAUUCACACAGGAGAAAAACCCUUUGAAUGCCCUAUUUGUGGGAAAAGUUUCAGUCACAAUACCAGCCUGAUGAAUCACCAGAGUACUCAUACAGGAGAGAAACCUUUUGAAUGUCCUGACUGUGGAAAAGGUUUCAUUAGAAAUUCCCACUUCAUGAUACACCAGAGGAUUCACAAAGGAGAGAAACCAUUUGAAUGUCCUAUCUGUGGGAAAAGUUAUAGUGAUAAUUCCAGCCUAGUGAGACACCAGAGGACUCACACAGGAGAAAAACCUUUUGAAUGUCCUGACUGUGGGAAAAGAUUCAGUCAGAAUUCUUACCUGGUAAUACACCAGAGGAGUCACACAGGAGAGAAACCCUUUGUAUGUCCUGACUGUGGGAAAAGAUUCAGUCAGAAUUCCUCCCUUGUAGUACAUCAAAGGAUUCACACGGGAGAGAAACCCUUUGAAUGCCCUAUUUGUGGGAAAAGUUUCAGUCACAAUACCAGCUUGAUGAAUCACCAGAGUACUCACACAGGAGAGAAACCUUUUGAAUGUCCUGACUGUGGAAAAGGUUUUAGUCAAAAUUCCCACCUCAUGAGACACCAGAGGACUCAUCCAGGAGAAAAACCCUUUGACUGUUCAGUAUGUGGGAAAAGUUUCAGUCGAAAUUCGUACCUCAUGAACCACCAGAGGACUCACACAGGAGAGAAAUCCUUUGAAUGUCCAGAUUGUGGGGAAAGUUUCAUUAGACAUUUUCACCUCAUGAGACACCAGAGUACUCACACAGGAGACAAACCCUUUGAAUGUCCUGACUGUGGAAAAAACUUCAGUCAGAAUUCGCACCUCAUGAGACACCAGAGGACUCACACAGGAGACAAACCCUUUGAAUGUCCUGACUGUGGAAAAAACUUCAGUCAGAAUUCCCACCUCAUGAGACACCAGAGGACUCACACAGGAGAGAAACCCUUUGAAUGUCCCGACUGUGGGAAAAGUUUUAGUCGGACUUUCCACCUCGUGAGACACCAAAGGACUCACACCAUAGAGAAACCUUUCAAAUGUCCAGUCUGUGUACUUUACUUCAAGCAUAAACCAUCCCUUAUUGCACACAAGGAAAUCCACAUGAGGCAAAAGUUGAAGAGUUUAGAGAAGGCUUGAAUUUCAUUUGUGAUUUCCCAUUCACAAAGUAUAGGUGAGAAACUGACUGCUUGAAUUCUGGCCUGAUUCUUUUUACUCAAACUUUUCUCAGGAUUAAACUUUUAGGUGGAGAGAAAAGGAAAGUGGAAGUACUAAGUACCAUUUUCUGGUUAUUGGCAGAAUCUUCUGGAUACAUCCUUUUGCAGAAGUAGUGGAAUUCCUCAAAAAGAAACUUUUUAGUCAGUGUAAAAACAAACUUUAUUCAAAUAGCUGAGAAUUACUUCAUUUUCAGUGUAGUUCAACUAAAUUAAAGCAAAUUCCUCCCGACACAAAUUCAUCAGUCCUAUCACCAACCUUGGUCCAAUUAGGCAAACUGCCAGAGGCCUUUCUUGGCACAAGUUCAGAAAACACAGAUACAAAAUAAAUGCAAGAAGAUGAAGCUAUCAAUAUUAUUUUCCGGCAAAGCCCAAAUGCUGUUGCUGGUCUUUUAAGCCUUAUGGGAGGGGCCAAUAGUCUCUUGGCCCUACUCCCGAGUCCUCCUCUUUGCUUGAGCUUCUCUUGCCUUCUGGCAGCUCUUCUCAUGCAUGCAUUAGGAACAGGGCCCUCCUGUUCCUCUGCCUCACUACUGUCCGUCUCUGGAGGCUCUGGAGUCCGCACCUCACUCUAGGAUGACCCUGGCCCCACCUCAGCCUUCGACACAGAGCCCUCAUCCAGACCUUCCCCAGCCUCCAGGACUGGCCCACACUGGCCCACACUCUUUCUCAGCCUCAUCACUGUCCAACUCCGUUGCCAGCUCCGCAGGCUGCUGGCGGACCACAACAGUCCCCUUUCACCUGACUCUCAUCCCAUCAGAUCUCCCAUCCUCCUCUUUGAUCUCAUUUGGGAAGGGAGGGAAGGCCACACAUCCUUGGGCCUCAUGACUGUGUCCUGGAAGCCACCACCAUUUUCAGUGAGCCCUGAAUUUGUCCCUGGGCCAUGCGGUGGAUUUGUGGAAGUCGUUGCCAUUUUGCCACACUGUCUACGCUGUUAUGCAGAAGAGGGACAAACCUCUCUAUUUUGCUGCGUUAACAUGAGAAAAAAAUGUACAAUAGAAAACAUCUCAUUUUAAAAAAUGUAUUAUGUUAGAAUGAUCAGAAGCGUUUGACAUGUAAAAAAUGGGUAUUGUCAGUGUUGCUAUGAACAUUAGGGCAAGGCAGGAUGCUCAGAUUUGCCUCAUACUGUGAGAUAAGCACUGAUAAAAUUUAAUAAUAAAUGAAUUUAACAAUAAAAAGACAAUGCAAAGCUCAUUUCCCAACUCUUGCUCAGUGAUGAGGACUCCACACAUACAGUGGGUUUUUAAUGCACUACUAUUAUUAACUUGUAAUCUCUCUCUUGUGUAUUCUGCAUCACUGUCUUUCUCAGCUUCCCUUCCUUCCUCAUUAUAAAUUUAGAAUUUGAGUUUCAGAUUCACACAGGAGAGAAACCUUAUAAUUGUCCAGAUUGUGGGAAAUGUUUGAUUGGAAUUUUGAACUGGUGAUACACCAGAGGACUCACACAGAAGAGAAACUGUACGAAUCUUAAAUU